AUCAUCACCACGAGGCUCCAACUGAGAGCUUUUCGAAAGUCUUGCUCAAAAAAGGCAGAAUAUAUCCGAGCCACCAAAAACGACGUAGUUUACACAUUCCGGCGACGGAUCAUUCCGAGUAAAUGGCAAUCGAGGAGGAAAAGUCGUCUUCGUCAGACGGAAAAAUAUGGGGCCUGUUCAAGCUACCGUUCCGAAACUCGAACUCGACGACGGCGUCUUCUUCUUCUUCUACUUUUCCUCAUCAUCAGCAUCAACUCAGCUACUAUAACAACAGCCAUUCUCAGGUGGAGGGAUCAAGUGCUCAAGGAAAUGCUUCCUCUUCGGUUUCUUCCGUUGCCAGAUCUCUGCUCCUCACACGGCGUCGUUUGAAGCUCGAUCCCCCUAACAAGCUUUAUUUUCCUUAUGAACCUGGAAAACAAGUCCAAAGUGCUAUUAAAAUUAAAAAUACUAGCAAGUCUCAUGUAGCAUUCAAGUUUCAAACAACUGCACCAAAGAGCUGUUUCAUGCGUCCUCCUGGGGCCAUUCUUGCUCCUGGCGAGAGUAUAAUAGCAACAGUGUUCAAGUUUGUAGAACCCCCAGAAAACAAUGAAAAACCAGUGGAUCAGAAGAGCAAGGUGAAGUUCAAAAUCAUGAGCCUGAAGGUGAAAGAAGGAACUGAUUAUGUAUCAGAGCUGUUUGAUGAGCAGAAGGAUCAAGUGUUGGUGGAGCAAAUACUUCGAGUCGUAUUUCUAGACGUUGAACGUCCUAGCCCCGCUCUAGAGAAAUUAAAUCGCCAAUUGGCUGAGGCUGAGGCUGAACUUGAAGCUCGCAAGAAGCCUCCAGAAGAGGCUGGUCCGAAGUUGAUUGGUGAAGGACUUGUCAUCGAUGAAUGGAAAGAAAGAAGAGAAAGAUACCUAGCUCGACAACAAGUGGACGGGGUAGACUCGGCUUGACUGGAGGUGUGUUGUUCUUGAAACUCUUUUACUUUGGCCGGAAUUUUCUGCACUAAAGUUUUCGUUGGUGUAUUUAAUUAUGAUGUUAAAGGAUGUUCUGCUCAAAAAACUUUUGAAGGAGAAAGUCAACUCCUCUGUUAAUGCUAUACAAUUGCGAGUUGGAUAUGUAACUGAUACUGAAUCUAUAGAUAAUGUGAUUUUGUUUCUUUAUAUGGGAGGAAAAAAUUGUGUUCUAGAACU